AUGAUCAUUUCUGUGCCUAUAUCGACCGUCUUGGCUUUCCUGCCAGCAGUUUUGGGUAUUCCAACCUUGAACACACGACAGGAUACCAAGGCUGUGGAGAUUGAGGUCGAGCUUGUUGGUGAUACUUCCAAAGUCAGUAUCGCCGUCAUCGAUCAGGAAACGUCUGAGGUCCUGGGCCGGUCCUGCUCCAGCACUCUGAACUCUGGUGGCUUUGCCAACUUCCCCAUCGCUACCAAUCUCGACAUUUAUGGCGGCGGCAAAAUCACCGUCGGCCCUACUGUGUACGAAGUGCACGAAAAUCCCGAGUUUUCUGGUGGCAUCACUUGUUCCAGGAUCUACAACGAUGCUGGCGCUUUCGUGACCUGCACUGCCUCCAUACCCGUUUCCCUUCAGGCCACCGCGCUGGGUAAAAGCAGUCUCCCGGGCUGUUUCGCCAAGGGCGCUACCAGCAACCUGAAGAGAGCGUCCAAGUCCAUUCGCACUGCCAAUUCCUCACCUGAGCCAGCAAUAGCGCCGCUCAACGAAACCGUCCAGCAGGCGAAUCAUUCCCUCCAUGCUCGGCAGUAUGAAUGCUCUCAAUGGAAUUAUUAUACUAGAAAUGUUGGAGAUGGAAACCCGCACCAAAACUACUGGGACAAGCAACUCAGCGAAAACAUAAACUGUGGUGCUUCACCAUCAUGCAGUGUUGGGCAUGAGCAAAGCUCAUCUUUUUCAGUCGAAUGGUCCGCUAGUGCAGCUGCGUUUGAAUGGAUUUCCGGCGGGUUUGCUGUGCAAGAAGAGUGGACGACUGGCAAUGAGUACACUUGCUUCGGAAACCAAGGUGACACAGUUUGUGUCUGGUACAACACCGCCCACACUGCCUAUACGGUCCAGAAUUGGGAGGAAAAUGUGUGCACCUCUCCCACUCAGUCAGGCGAUCCCUACGUCAUGUUCUCACCAAACCAGAACAAUGCUGGAGGCGGCUACUACUGUGUCGUGGGGACUUGCCGCAGUGAGGGGCAGGGAUACUGGGACAAGAGUGGCCCUGCUGGCGGCCCGCCCUAG